AUGGAUGCACCCAAAUUCCGCGUUGCGAUUUGUGGCGGAGGUAUCGGCGGCCUCACGCUUGCCGUCGCACUCUCGAGGUACCCAAACAUCCGCGUCGACGUGUAUGAGGCCGCCGGGCAGUUCAAGGAGAUCGGCGCAGGGGUGAUGAUAUGGGCCCGGACAUGGGAGAUCCUCUCCAUCCUAGGCAUGGCAGACGACUUCUCUCGUAUCGCGCAUGCUCCCCCAGAUGGUUCUCCAGGCGUGGGUUUCGAUUACCGCAAGUCCGACCAGCCGCAGGAGGGCUCUCGCUUCUACCUCUUCGAAGUGCCUUAUGGGUGCAUUCGCUUCCACCGGGCGCAAUUUCUUGACGUGCUUGUGGAUCACCUCCCACAAGACGUCGCACAUUUCGGGAAACGCCUAGUCAACUAUCGCACGACGGAGCAUGACACUUCGACCGAAACUGAGUUGUUGUUCGCCGAUGGCUCUGUCGCGGCAUGCGACAUCCUGAUAGGCUGCGAUGGAAUUAAAUCCGUCGUGCGCAAACAAAUGCUAGAAGACCACGCCCGUGAAGGAAGCGGCGACCCACGUCUCCUGGACCACAUCGAACCAGUAUGGAGCGGGUCGAUCGCGUACCGCGGGCUCAUUCCUGUUGGUCAAAUGAUUCGAGCAGACGGCGUAGAGCACCGUACGAUUCAAAGUCCCAUGAUGUACUGCGGGAAGAGCAAGCAUGUCGUGAGCUACUCAAUCUCCAGAGGAUCCAUCGUGAACGUUGUGGCGAUGGCAUCGCGGCCCGACUUGUACAAAUCCACAUAUGCCGGACCAUGGGUCGUGGAUUGCAGCCGGGAGGAGGUUUUGGAGUGCUUCGCCGGCUGGGAGCCCGAGGUAGAGGAGAUGCUGAAGCGUAUCGAGAAGCCGACGAAGUGGGCGAUACACGAGCUAAAGCCCUUGCCCUUCUAUACGAAGGGGCGAGUGGCGCUCUUGGGCGACGCUGCACAUGCAAUGUGUCCGCACCAGGGCGCUGGUGCAGGACAGGCUAUCGAGGAUGCAUUCAUUCUUGCGGAGAUCCUCGGCCACCCCCGCGCAACUCUGUCCACAAUACCUCAAGCACUCGCAGCGUACGAAACAGUGCGUCUGCCCAUGGCGAACCACGUGCUGAACGGGUCGCGGGAGUCUGGGGACAUGUAUGAGUUCAACGGCUCGCUAGGUGACGACCUCGUGCGACUGGGCCCGCAGAUAGGAAGCCAGUGGGAUUGGCUGUGGGAGACGACGCCGGAGGGGGAGCGGGAGAAGGCGUCUCAAGUACUCAUGUCAACUAUAGCUCCAGCUGCGAGGUUGUAA